UCUGUAGUGAUACCGGUCCAAUGGAGUGAUGUACGGAGUUGUUAGUGAUACCGGUCCAAUGGAGUGAUUUACGGAGUUGUUAGUGAUACCGGUCCAAUGGAGUGAUUCACGGAGUCUGUAGUGAUACCGGUCCAAUGGAGUGAUUUACGGAGUCUGAAGUGAUACCGGUCCAAUGGAGUGAUUUACGGAGUCUGAAGUGAUACCGGUCCAAUGGAGUGAUGUACGGAGUUGUUAGUGAUACCGGUCCAAUGGAGUGAUUUACGGAGUUGUUAGUGAUACCGGUCCAAUGCAGUGAUUUACGGAGUCUGUAGUGAUACCGGUCCUAUGGAGUGAUGUACGGAGUUGUUAGUGAUACCGGUCCAAUGGAGUGAUUUACGGAGUUGUUAGUGAUACCGGUCCAAUGGAGUGAUUUACGGAGUUGUUAGUGGUACCGGUCCAAUGCAGUGAUUUACGGAGUCUGUAGUGAUACCGGUUCAAUGCAGUGAUUUACGGAGUCUGAAGUGAUAACAGUCCUAUGCAGUGAUUUACGGAGUCUGUAGUGAUACCAGUCCUAUGGUGUGGUUUACAGAUUGAACAGCUGCUGUUUGCGUUUCUGUUGUGUGUACACAAACAAGUUAACGAUCCUCAAUGAACACCCCCGAAAGCGAGGCUGUAACUGACAACGUUGAUUGUCCGGCGUGUAAGCGAAGGGGCUCUAAACGAUCAGAUCACCGACCCUUACGUCAUCGGAACUCCCUUAAAGGACCUAGAGUCGUUGAGGAACACUGGACCAAGGUUUUGCAGGCUAACGAGUGUGUGUACAGUCGCCAAUGUAACUGUCGGCAUGCGGAGAGGUGCAGGUCCUUCAAACGAAGAGGAGCUCGACGAAAUGCGCCAAAUGUCGACUCGGCUGUCUCAUCAAUAUUCCAGAGAUUUCGGAUGUGGUUGAAUUCGAAAUGGAAAGUACACGAAACAUUUGACGGACCUUUCCGUACGGGAUCUCUAAGGAGGUCCAAACGUGUAAUUAGUGAUGCUACCACCGAUUCGGGAUUAUCCGAGUAUGAUUCAGACUCAAGUGCCCCGUUCCAGAACCGAAUUGGACUGUAUCGGACUGGAGGGGAUAGUACAUUUAUAUCGGAUACGGAUGAUCCUAAUUACGUCUAUAUUCGGAACAAGGUGGCAUUGUCUGAGGAUCUGAAAGAUGCGAGCGAAUCAAAAACAAAAUGUAAUAUAAAACAAUCGUUGCACGUGCCUUCUUCAGCAACUUCCGGUAGUCCCAACCAGAAUGACAGAAACAAGUCUAAACAAAAACAGUUUCUCCAGGUAACGGAACCGGAAGACAGGCGGCAGCCAUUAACAAUCACAACAAGCUGUCCGGGCAAGUCUCAUAGUACAUCCCGUCAUACUGAGUCCCAGAACGAGGCUCCAACAGCCGAGUUCUUUGGGACAUGGCCUAUGUCCCGCAAACGCCACCAAAUGACUGAAGAAGAUCUUGAUUCGGUAUUUGAAGAUGACGGACGUUUAGGUACAAGGCUGUCGUGUUCUGAAAGUCUCCAUGGCAACGCAGGUGAAUUCCUCAUCCCAUAUAAGGAUUUAGAGCACGAAGAAUUGCUCAAAUCUGGGCGCACAUGCUCUAUUUAUCGUGGGCGUUGGCAUGGGAACGUAAACAUACAUCAUUUUGGCUCACUGAAGAAGGAGGAAUCACGUGAUUUCUGGAGCAUGGUGACGAAACUUCACAGAGUGCGGCAUGAAAAUAUUGCACUUUUCAUGGGCGCAUGCGUGGACCCGAACCAUUUUGCUGUAGUGCUAAGUGUUCAAGAUGGCGUUUCGCUGUACGACCAAAUACACAGACGGAAAGAGAAAAUGAACUUACAAAAUAAGAUCCAAUGUCUCCGACAGGUGGCGCACGGCUUGGGCUACCUUCACGCUAAGGGCAUCGUCAUACGAUGUCUCAGCACGCGCAAUGUCUUCAUGUGUCCGAAGGCACGUGUCAGUGUGAUGGAUUAUGGGAUAGCUGAUAAAAAUUCAGACAGAUCCCAGUACGCAUGCGUUCCACGUGGACAGCUGACCUACAUUGCACCGGAAGUGUUAUCCAGUAUGAAAGUGGUACCACCACGACUUGUAGCAACAGUUGAAUACAGUAUCCAUACAGACGUGUACGCGUUCGGGACUUUGAUGUACGAGAUAAUGGCUGGCCAGUUCCCCUAUUACGGUCUGCAACCGGAAACGAUCAUCUGGAAGACUUGUGCAAAUCAAAAACAGCCGCUAGACAAGAUCAACGCUACUCGAGUUUUAACGCAUUUGAUUGAUCUUAGUUGGUCACAUGAUCCAAAGAAGAGGCCAACGUUUGCUGAAAUUAGCCGAGAACUUCAUCGGAACGUAUCUCUGCAUAAACAGCACAGUAUUUCUCAUCCGGAAAACUUGAACAGAUCGUGUUUGUUUUAGAAAGCCAAGGAGGAAGUACAAUAUAUGAUAUAAUUGCAAACACAACGGUUUGAUACAUGACUAAGUACGGCACGACGCACAACUAAAAGGACACCUUGGUCUCAGUGCUGUGUGCAAAUCAUGAGUAGAACGUCAUCAAUGUGUGCGCGUUACGAUUGUGAUCAGUUAUCUGUGUUUAUGGAGCUCGAAAGAAACGCUUUUUGGUACCAGAAUUUUAAACAGUUGUUUCAGAAAGAUCUCUUAAACAUUAAAUCCGAUCUCUUGUUUUA